CAGGGAUGAUGUGAUGUACUCCGCAAGAACCAACUUCUCUCGCUCGCUCGCUCUCUCCCUCUCUCGCUCUCUUUCUCUCUCUCUCUCCCUCGCGCUCUCUCUCGUUUCCCAACUUCUCAACAAGAACGAGCCUCGUCCAUUCCGAGAAAAAUAAACGGAGGAGAUAAACGGAGGAGAUAGACGCUCGGCAUAGUCGCCGUUACGUGGCGCGCGCGCCUUUUAAAAAAACAUAUAUAAAUAUAUAUAAACUAGUUGACUCUGAUGGGAAUUACAUUAGUUGUGUUUUCUUGAGCAUCAGAUAAAAAACAAAAACAAAAAAAAAACGGUUACAGUCCUGAUCAUUAUUAUUUUUUAAUUAUUUGGAAAUUUCCCUUAUGUUGCGAAAGUCGAGCGACCAUGACUAUAACCUUCGUAGUAUGAGCAACCUGAUGGGCGAGCGGCGGAAGAGGGUGAACGACGGAGGAGAGCGGAGUCUGAUCAAAGCCCCGUCCAGCGCCAGCAUCAACAGCCAGGCACAGUCCGCCGUCAGCGCGGCCUCCGCCGCCUCGGCGGAUGGAGGAGCUGGUGGAGGAGGAGGAGGAGGAGGUGGUGGAGGAGACUUGGAACGCGCAGCCCGCAAACAGUUCCAGCAAGACGUCACCCCGGCUUUUGUCUACGUGCUGGCCGUGUUCUCCGCCCUGGGAGGCUUCCUGUUCGGCUACGACAACGGGGUGAUCUCCGGGGCGAUGCUCCUGCUCAAGCGGGAGCUGAGCCUGAGCGCCCUGUGGCAGGAGGUGCUCAUAUCCGGCACCGUGGCCGUGGCCGCGCUGUCGGCGCUGCUGGGCGGCUUCCUGAACGGGCUCUUCGGUCGCAGGGGGUGCAUCCUGCUGGCCAGCUUCUCCUUCACCGUCGGCGGGGUCGUGCUGAGCGCCGCCCCGAGCAAGGAGGUGCUCCUGGCGGGACGACUCGUUGUCGGAGUGGGACUCGGCGUGACCUCCAUGACGGUGCCAGUGUACAUCGCUGAGGCCUCCCCACCCCACCUCAGGGGCCAGCUGGUGACGGUCAACACUCUCUUCAUCACCGGCGGACAGUUCACAGCAAGCCUUAUUGAUGGGGCCUUCAGCUAUCUACAGCAUGACGGCUGGAGGUACAUGUUGGGUCUGUCGGUGCUGCCUGCUGUGCUCCAGUUCCUGGGUUUUCUCUUCCUGCCGGAGAGCCCUCGCUGGCUGAUCCAGCGCGGUCUGACCCAGAAGGCCCGCCGCGUGCUCAGUCAGAUCCGCGGCAACCAGAACAUCGACGAGGAGUAUGACAGCAUCAAGAACAGCAUCGAGGAGGAGGAGAAGGACAGCGGGGGAGAUGGCCCUGUGAUCUGGCGGAUGUUGUCCUACCCCCCCACCCGGAGAGCCCUCCUGGUGGGCUGCGGUCUUCAAAUGUUCCAGCAGCUCUCGGGAAUCAACACCGUCAUGUACUACAGCGCCACCAUCCUUCAGAUGUCGGGAGUGCGGGAUGAGAGGCUGGCUAUCUGGCUGGCUGGGCUGACCGCCUUCACUAACUUCCUGUUCACCCUGCUGGGCGUGUGGCUGGUGGAGCGGGUGGGACGCAGGAAACUGACAUUGGGCAGCAUCAUGGGCACAUGCUUAAGCCUGGCUCUGUUGGCCAUUGGUUUUCUGCUGUCGGCCCAGCACAGCCCCUCAGUCAGCCUCCACCCCACCGACCCCUCCUUGGUCAACUCCACCUGCAUCAAGUACCAGGCAUGUGAGAUGUGCAUGUUGGACCCCGGCUGUGGAUUCUGCUAUCGUGAGAAUGGCUCGGCCCUCUUCGCCUCCUCCUGUGUUCCAGUCAAUAGGGCUUCCACCGAGCGGGCCGCAUGGGGCAGAUGCUCCAACUCCAGCCAGGUGAGAGAGCAGACCUACUGGGCUUAUAACUACUGUCCCACGUCCUACUCCUGGGUGGUCCUACUGGGUCUGGUGCUGUACCUGGCCGCCUUUGCUCCAGGGAUGGGUCCCAUGCCGUGGACCAUCAACUCAGAGAUCUACCCUCUGUGGGCCAGGAGCACAGGGAACGCCUGCUCGGCUGGAGUCAACUGGACCUUCAAUGUCCUGGUGUCUCUCACCUUCCUCCACGUGGCUCAGUAUCUCACUUACUACGGGGCUUUCUUCCUCUAUGCCAGCCUGGCCCUGCUCGGCUUCCUCUUCAUCUACAGCUGCCUGCCAGAGACCAAGGGCCGGCGCCUGGAGGAGAUCGAGGCGCUGUUCGAAAAUCAGCUCUGCUCCUGCGGGGCCACAGACUCGGACGAGGUGCGGCAGGUGGAAUACAUCCGGGUCAAAGGUUCAAACUACCACCUAUCGGACAACGACGCAUCUGACGUGGACUAGUUUGUGUAACGUAGAUGUUGCAGUGACUACAACUACAGCUGAGGCACCCAAAAGCCCGGGGUUUGAAUUCGAUGAAAAUACAACUCAUCCAAUACUAGUUAAUCAUUGAGGGCCUCUUUUGUUCUUCGGCUGCAGUUCUGCACCCAGGGAGACAAUUCAGUUAAAGUAAGUUUAUCUGGAACACACUUCGACCCCACCCACCCACCUUUUUAUUUAUCAUUAUUAUCUUUUUUAAUGCUUUUCCAUUCAAUUCAGUCAGACAUAGCUAACUGCGAGACAGCUCAGCACUUCAGUAAUUGGAUUUCCAUACCAAAUGUCCAACAGAUGACGACAUGCGCCGUGACCGUUCAGUUUUUGGCUCACUUUCUGAACUGAGAGCGGAUCUGGACUCGAUCCAGCUUUACUCGGGAGCAGAGAAGGCGGAAAUAUUGCCUUUUCCAACAUUGAAUUGCAUUUAAAUUUACACCGGAGGCACUUACAGGUCACUUGACAGACCUAUUAAGGAUGGCUUACAGUCACUUAAACAGGUGGGCAUUGAGUGUCUUGUCCAGGGAUGCUUUUGAAGCACACGUGGGGGGGGGGCAACUGUAUGUGUAAAUAUGAUGCAAUUUAUUAAAGUUUAUUGUACAUGAAAACUAUCUACCUACCUAUCGAAAGGUACACUUUAGACCUAGUCUUACUAGAUAUUACUAGAUAUAUAUAGAUAUAUAUAUUUUCCAUUGAGAAUUCCAGGAAAGUAAAUAUAGUCACAGAGACUACAUCCUAUCUCCAUGGCAACCAUUGUAAAGUACAUUUAUUCACCUACAUGAGCGUCAUGCCUUUCUUGAAUGUU